CCUAUUGCUGUGAGAAGACUGAGAUCAAGAUGUCUAAAAAAAUCCAUGGAGGGUCUGUUGUGGAGAUGCAAGGAGAUGAAAUGACACGGGUCAUCUGGGAAUUAAUUAAAGAAAAGCUGAUUUUUCCUUAUGUAGAUCUCGAUUUGCACAGCUAUGACUUGGGAAUUGAGCAUCGUGAUGCUACAAAUGAUAAAGUGACCGUGGAAGCUGCUGAAGCCAUAAAGAAAUAUCAUGUUGGCAUCAAGUGUGCCACCAUCACUCCAGAUGAGAAAAGAGUAGAAGAGUUCAAGUUGAAGCAGAUGUGGAAGUCUCCUAACGGGACCAUUAGAAACAUCCUAGGUGGAACAGUCUUCAGGGAGGCUAUUAUCUGCAAGAACAUCCCCCGAUUGGUGUCUGGAUGGGUGAAACCCAUUGUCAUUGGCCGUCAUGCUUACGGGGAUCAAUACAGAGCAACUGAUUUUGUGGUACCUGGGCCUGGAAAAGUAGAGAUGACAUACACUCCAGGAGAUGGAGGCAAACCAGUCACCUAUCUGGUCCAUAACUUUGAAAGCUGUGGAGGUGUAGCCAUGGGAAUGUACAAUCUUGACCAGUCUAUCAAGGAUUUUGCCCAUAGUUCCUUCCAAAUGGCGCUGUCUAAAGGCUGGCCCCUGUACAUGAGCACCAAGAAUACCAUCCUGAAGAGAUAUGAUGGCCGCUUUAAAGACAUCUUCCAAGAGAUUUAUGACAGAGAAUACAAGUCCCAGUUUGAAGCCAAGAAGAUCUGGUAUGAACAUAGGCUCAUUGAUGAUAUGGUUGCUCAGGCGCUGAAAUCUGAAGGAGGCUUUGUCUGGGCCUGCAAGAACUAUGAUGGGGAUGUGCAGUCUGACUCUGUUGCUCAAGGUUAUGGCUCUCUGGGCAUGAUGACCAGCGUGCUGAUCUGCCCUGAUGGCAAGACUGUUGAAGCAGAAGCUGCACAUGGCACGGUUACUCGUCACUACCGCAUGCACCAGAAAGGCCAAGAAACCUCCACAAACCCCAUUGCUUCCAUCUUUGCGUGGACAAGAGGAUUAGCUCACAGAGCUAAGUUGGACAACAACACUAGCCUCAAGACCUUUGCAACUGCCCUGGAAGAAGUGUGCAUUGAGACCAUUGAAUCAGGUUUCAUGACAAAGGACCUUGCUGCUUGUAUCAAAGGCCUACCUAAUGUCACACGUUCUGACUACCUGAGCACCUUUGAAUUCAUGGACAAGCUUGCUGCAAACCUCAAGGGGAAGCUGGCCUCUCUGCCCAAACUUUAAGGCUUGGGUUCUACUUGAGGUCCGCUAAGAAAUUCCCACUUAAACUGCAGUCUAUGUGGCACUACAUCACCAUUGUGUAACAUUUCAAAUACUAGACAAAAAUGAACAUAUAAACUUUUAAAAUGUUUAAAAUAUACCUUUUUCUUAAACCUCUUGAGCUGCCAGGCUAGGUCUUACUUUGCUAAGCAGCUGAAUGUAAUAGUAUUCAAGCUCACUGCUCAGAAUGACAUAAGGAAUUUAGGCCCACAAACUUUUAAGAGAGGAACCUCAAGUUUAUUAUGAUUUCCUUCUUCUCAAACUGAAAGCCAAUCUGUGUCACAUCUCUGGUCAAACUAGCAGUGACUUACUCUCCAACAGACCUGAGAAAUCAGAAACAUCCUUAUUGCUCCAGUACUGUCCACUGAGUAUAAAUGAGCUCACAGGAUUGUGACAGCUCUACUACAGCCCCUUUCUUAAUGUUCUUUAUAGUGCCAGCUACAGGAUAGGACCCUGAUAACAAGGAAUUUGUUAAGUCAAAAUUAGUAUCUGAGAAGAAGCACUUAAUAAAUGCUGGAAAUAAACCCC